GAAUGAUUUACAUAAAUGUCUCUGAGAUACAGAGAUGGGAAGGGCAGGGAAUCGGUGAAGGGCAAAUCAGGGUUGACCAAGGGCGUCUCCUCGCCUGGGUCAGUACCGAGAAGACCUGGUGGGUCACCACUAUAUAAGCUCCAGGGACCAUCUCCAGGCCAUCAGUUUGAGACGACGAACACCACCAUGAAGUUCAUGAUCCUCGCCGCCGUGGCCUCCCUGGCUGUCGCCGCCCCCCAGUACACCCUCCCUGAGCCCAGCUACGUCGCCCCCGCUGCCUCCAGCAGGGCUGUCUCCAUCGACAGUGUGGAGGUUAUACCUAUCCUCAGGGACGACCGCGUCCACGAGGAAGAUGGAAGGUACAGCGUCGACUUAGAAACUGGCAACGGCAUCGUUAUGUCCCAGUCUGGCUCUCCUGAUGGUCCAGAGGGCGCUGUGGUUAAGGCUGGUCAAUACUCCUACACUGCUCCUGACGGCACUCUGGUGGAGGUGAAGUACGUCGCCGACGAGAACGGCUUCCAGCCCCAGUCUGACGUGCUGCCAGUGGCUCCCGCCUUCCCCCACCCAAUCCCCCAGUUCGUGCUGGACCAGAUCGCCUUCGCUGCUGAGGAGGACGCUGCCCGCGCCCGCGCUGAGGUUGCUGAAGUCAGGGCCUCUGCCUCUGCCCCUGCCCCAUCCCGGUCUUAUGGUCAACCCCAGUAAAUAUCCCUUGACGUCAUGUAAUCGACUUAUGAAUCUUCGCUGACUUUUACUUAUUUAUUGUCUGUAUUUAUAUAUAUACGAGUAUGUUAAGUGAAGUGUAAAUAAGAUGGUGUUCUUUAUGAAUAUAUGCAUUCAUACCUGA